UGCUAAGCCUCCAAAACACGCGAGAGUUGGCCUCCCGGAAGCUCCACGUCAGUCAGUUGGUCGGUGUUCUGCCAGUGCCAGCGUAGACCCCAAGCCAGCGGGUUCCGGGACCGGGCAUCGAGCGAGGGAGUUCGGCAGCGCCGACGGAGCCAUGCCUCUUAGACUUGAUAUCAAGAGGAAGCUAACUGCUCGAUCUGAUCGAGUCAAGAGUGUUGAUUUGCAUCCUACAGAGCCAUGGAUGUUGGCUAGUCUUUACAAUGGCAGUGUCUGUGUUUGGAAUCAUGAAACACAGACUCUGGUGAAGACAUUUGAAGUAUGUGAUCUUCCUGUUCGAGCUGCAAAAUUUGUUGCAAGGAAGAAUUGGGUAGUAACAGGAGCGGAUGACAUGCAAAUUCGAGUCUUCAAUUAUAACACUUUGGAGAGAGUUCAUAUGUUUGAAGCACACUCAGACUAUAUUCGUUGUAUUGCUGUACAUCCAACUCAGCCUUUCAUUCUAACCAGCUCUGAUGACAUGCUCAUUAAACUAUGGGAUUGGGAUAAAAAAUGGUCUUGCUCACAGGUGUUUGAAGGACAUACUCACUAUGUUAUGCAGAUUGUCAUAAACCCUAAAGAUAAUAACCAAUUUGCCAGUGCCUCUUUGGAUAGAACUAUCAAGGUAUGGCAGCUUGGUUCUUCCUCACCUAACUUUACUUUGGAGGGACAUGAGAAAGGAGUGAAUUGCAUUGAUUACUAUAGUGGUGGUGACAAACCAUACCUCAUUUCAGGAGCAGAUGACCGCCUUGUUAAAAUAUGGGACUACCAGAAUAAAACAUGUGUGCAAACACUAGAAGGACAUGCUCAGAAUGUGUCUUGUGCCAGUUUUCAUCCUGAGUUGCCAAUCAUCAUCACAGGUUCAGAAGAUGGAACAGUUCGUAUUUGGCAUUCAAGCACCUACCGUCUGGAAAGCACAUUAAACUAUGGAAUGGAGAGAGUGUGGUGUGUGGCCAGUCUCAGGGGCUCCAAUAAUGUUGCUUUGGGAUAUGAUGAAGGCAGUAUCAUUGUUAAGCUUGGCCGAGAAGAGCCUGCUAUGUCCAUGGAUGCCAAUGGAAAGAUUAUUUGGGCAAAGCACUCUGAAGUCCAACAGGCCAAUCUGAAAGCAAUGGGAGAUGCUGAAAUUAAAGAUGGAGAAAGAUUGCCCCUUGCAGUCAAAGAUAUGGGAAGCUGUGAAAUAUAUCCUCAGACCAUUCAGCAUAACCCUAAUGGACGAUUCGUUGUGGUGUGUGGUGAUGGUGAAUAUAUCAUCUAUACAGCAAUGGCACUGAGAAACAAGAGCUUUGGUUCAGCGCAAGAGUUUGCCUGGGCUCAUGAUUCUUCAGAGUAUGCAAUAAGAGAAAGCAACAGUGUAGUGAAGAUAUUUAAGAACUUUAAAGAAAAAAAAUCAUUUAAGCCUGAUUUUGGAGCUGAAGGUAUCUAUGGAGGUUUCUUAUUGGGAGUCAGAUCUGUAAAUGGUUUAGCAUUCUAUGACUGGGAAAACACAGAACUGAUACGCAGAAUUGAAAUUCAGCCCAAACAUAUCUUUUGGUCUGACUCUGGUGAGCUGGUCUGCAUUGCCACUGAGGAAUCAUUCUUUAUCCUUAAGUAUCUAUCUGAAAAAGUUUUAGCUGCACAGGAAACACAUGAGGGAGUUACUGAAGAUGGCAUUGAAGAUGCUUUUGAGGUCCUUGGGGAGAUUCAGGAGAUUGUCAAAACAGGGCUGUGGGUAGGCGAUUGCUUUAUUUACACAAGUUCUGUAAACCGAUUAAAUUAUUACGUUGGAGGAGAAAUAGUCACCAUUGCCCAUUUGGACAGAACAAUGUACCUGCUGGGUUAUAUUCCUAAGGACAACAGACUUUAUCUGGGUGAUAAGGAGCUGAACAUUGUUAGUUAUUCCUUGUUGGUGUCCGUGUUAGAAUAUCAGACAGCUGUAAUGAGGAGAGACUUUAGCAUGGCUGACAAAGUCCUCCCUACCAUUCCAAAAGAACAGAGGACCAGAGUUGCCCACUUCCUGGAAAAACAGGGCUUCAAACAGCAAGCUCUUGCAGUAUCUACAGAUCCUGAACAUCGAUUUGAGUUGGCUCUUCAGCUUGGAGAGUUAAAAAUUGCAUACCAGUUGGCAGUAGAAGCAGAGUCAGAACAGAAGUGGAAACAACUUGCCGAACUUGCCAUUAGUAAAUGCCAAUUUGGCUUAGCCCAGGAGUGUUUGCACCAUGCACAAGAUUAUGGGGGUUUGUUGCUUUUGGCCACUGCAUCAGGAAAUGCUAGUAUGGUGAAUAAACUAGCAGAGGGCGCUGAGAGAGAUGGCAAGAACAAUGUGGCAUUUAUGAGCUAUUUUCUACAGGGAAAGCUUGAGUCUUGUCUGGAACUCUUGAUUAGAACUGGACGUUUGCCUGAAGCUGCUUUCUUAGCUCGGACAUAUUUACCAAGCCAGGUUUCAAGGGUAGUCAAACUGUGGAGAGAGAAUCUCUCGAAAGUCAAUCAGAAAGCAGCUGAAUCCCUUGCCGAUCCCACAGAGUAUGAAAAUCUUUUCCCUGGGUUGAAAGAAGCCUUUAUUGUUGAAGAAUAUGUGAAGGAAACCCAUACAGCCCUUCGACCUGCAAAAGAAUAUCCACUUGUCACUCCAAAUGAAGAAAGAAAUGUGACAGAAGAAGCUAAAGGCUUUCAACCCUCAGGAAUUCUGAUGACCCAGGAAUUUGAUGAAGAGGAACCAACUUCUCCUGCUCCAGUCAUAGUGAAUGCAAUUCCAGCAAGUUCAGAACCAGUCCCAACUACAAAAGAGGAAAAGAGUCUACUUGAAUUGGAUGAUUUGGAUAAUCUGGAUCUAGAGGAUAUUGAUACAACAGAUAUCAAUUUGGAUGAAGACAUUUUGGAUGACUGAACUUUUCCAUUUCACUGACCACAAACAGAUCAUAAAUAUGCAUUAUUUCCACUUUUAAUCUGGACCACCUUGUUUUAGACUAUGAAAAACCAAGUUAAUUUUAUACUUAGAAUCUGCUUAAAAUCCUUUGGAGCAGAAGUGUGCAACAUUAAAUCAUUAUGUGUUACUGGUUAAUUUUGUUAACUAGAAUAUGAAACCAUGGCGCUAAUUUUUCAUAUUGUCAUUAGGCCAUAUAAAAUCUCUUCAAGUAAUGGAGAUGCUUCAGAAAAAAAUUUUUUUUUAUUUAAAUGAACUGAUGGUUUAAAUAACACUGUGGUUGUAUAGUAGCUUUUUAUAAAAACCACAUGGAAAAGGGUAAAGCAAUCAAGUACUUUUGAUCUAUUCUUCCAUAGAUUCUGGCCAAAUUUUUUCCUCUUGGUCUUUCUAAUGCAAAAUUUAAAAUGAAUCGUGUCUGAUAGAGGCUGUGCCUCCCAGUUACUGUGCCAGAAGUACAUAUUUACAUUAUCAUUCAGAUAUGGCAUGUCUAUUCUUCUUUUCUCUGCAUAGCUAAUGAGUUCCAUAUGCAUUUAAACUGCAAUCUCCAUCCAACUAUUAUAUUCUCCUGUGACCUACCCAUACUAGAAUGCCACUGAAUCUACAUCCAUUCUGAUUGACCCCAAGAUCCCAAUUUCCCUCUUUAUAAAGUGGAUUGGUCUUGAUGACCUCUAAAGUUGCCCGAAAUCUGAGAUCACAAUGUAAAAAGGUCUCUUUAAGAUUAGUGUAGCCUGCUAAGAAGAUUGUUAGCCUGGUUCCAGUGACAAUUCUAUCACUAGCUCCGAGACCCACAGGCAAGUCAUGGCGUCUAUUUCUCAUCUAUAAAAGGAGGGAAUUGAACAAGAUGAUCUCUAAGAACUGAUCUCUAAGUCGCCCCCUAUUCCAGAUGAAAACUUACCUCUUCUUCAUUUGUCAUUGUCUUUCACACUUUGCUAGUUAAAAAGACUGAUUUUAGUGUAAAAUAUAUGCAUUUAUACAGGGCUUUAAGACUGUCCUUAAGCUUGCGAAAUGUAGUUUUAUAUAUCCUUUGAUUUGCUCUCUAAGAAGGAUCAGUGCCUAAAAGCAAAUGUCUUGGACCAUGUUUAGAGCAGUUAUUUUUCUGGGGCAGGGAAAAUCCUGUCAUAUACAGCCUUUUAUACAAGGCCUGUGCUAAAAAUUGCUUUAAUGAAAGAGAAACCUUUAUUGUUGCUAUAGGAACUAGAAAAUUCAAUAUUCUUCCCUCUGAGGAUUAAAUAAUAAACAUUAAGCAACUCCAGCUAGGAGUCCAGUGGUGCUGGAGAAGUCAGAAACAGGAAACAUCCCCACUCCCCAGUAAUUCUACAACUGCAGAGUAUCUGCCUUCCAAGAAUCUUAGUAGCCCUUUUACAUUUACAUUCUUUAGUCAAGAGAAUGCUUUAAGAACAAAGUUAGAAUCUGGGUUUUUUUGUGGUUAGUUUUUGGAGGGAAAGGAGGAAGGAAGAAUGGCUCAAGUUCACCAAAGUGAGCCCUUGUUCACUUCACUGCUCUCUUUACCCUGGGCACACUGAGUGGUUCACUGGGAUUCUUUGAUAGCUUAGUAAAGUACAAAUGAGAACUCAUAGAAUUUGAUACAUGUGAUUUUAGGGUCACAGCCCAGUGGCUGUAAAUGGGUUGAUAUGAAAUCCUUUUCCUCCAUUUACUCCAAGGUGCUGACUUAAUAGGGACGAAGGGUCAAAAACCUUUAGUUAUGGUUACCCCCUCUGCCACUAAUUAGCUUCCAAAAAGUCAGUUGUCUUUCCUUAAUUUGCUUGCUGGAGCAGUUCUACUCUGAAUGCAGGUUGAUAAUAAAAACUCCUGGGAAGAGAGCUUCAGGUUAAUAUAGAGCUUUGAAAGGCUGGAUGUUCCCUGGAGUUUAAAAAAAAAGACAAAAAUACUAACUUCUUGUUUUUACCCUGAGAGUAAGAAAGCCUUCGAGGGGUUCACAUCAUUCUUGAGGAUGGGAAGCUUUAGGAAAGAGACUACCUUGGGAUGAGCAUGUGUGACAUGGAGUAAUAGGUAUAUAGCCAACACCUGGGUUUUCUAAAUUAUGUCCUGUGUGACCUGAAAUAAGUAUCUAACCUAGGAUCAAAUCCGAAGUACUUCUGGCAUUUAAUGCCAUUUGUGACCUAGCCUCUACUUGCCUUCCCAACUUUUAAAAUCAUACCUUACACCCCUUCAUGACAUACUCGGUACUCCAUCUUCUAUAUCUGUAAUGCAAUCAUUCUUCACCACCUUUUAGGGUCUUUUUCCCCCCCAAGAUUCAGAUCAAUUAAAGGGCAGCUAGGCAGUUCACUAUUCCAUGGAUUGAGAGCCAAACUUAGGGACACAAGGUCCUGGUUUCAAAUUUGGCCUCAGACACUUAUCUCUGUGACCCUGGACAAACCACUUAACCCCCAUUGCCUAGUCCUUCACCUUCUGCUUUGGAACAAAUACACAGAUUCUAAGAAGGUAAGGGUUAAAAAAAAAGAAUCCACUCAAGUAUCACCUACAUGAAGCCUUUCCUGAUUCUCUCCAGUUGCUAGUACCUAACCCCCUAUUUUUUAUUAUUUUUUAUAUACUGAUACAGACAUCUCACCCAACAGAUCUAAACUUCCUGAGGGCAGGGACUUUUCUUUUUUGUCCUUGUAACAUAAUUCGUGCUCAUUAACUCAACUGAUGUAACAUUACUGAUAUGACAAAAAUUUCAUUUGGGAACUUGUCCAUGAAAAUAAAUGCUGGGCUAGACGA